AUGGGUGUUAUAGCCGUCUCUGGAGGCACUGGAAGCGUUGGUAGGACAAUCGUGGAAGCUCUUGUCGCUACACAGAAACAUAAAGUGAUUGUCCUGACCCGCGCUGAGAGGGCUUCCAAUAAGGACAUCACCUAUCUCCAAGUCAACUACGAAGAUGUCGACGCCGCAUCUGCAGUAUUGGAGUCCGCGGCCGUCGACACUGUGAUAUCUGCAUUGAGCAUGAUUACCGAACAGUCCAACGAGGCACAACUGAACCUGAUCCAAGCAGCUAACAAGUCAAAAUCGACACGACGCUUUGUGAUUAGCGCUUUCGAUAUGUAUCUCACUGAAGAAUUUGUUGAGUUGGUCCCCCAAGCGAAAUGGCAAUAUGCCGCUAUCAGCGCUCUGGAGAAGACAGAUCUUGAAUACACUCGUGUUGUCAACGGUUUUUUCCUAGACUAUUACGGUGUUCCACACUGGCCUUCCCAUCUAAAGCCGUGGAUCACCUCUAUAUCAGUAGCUGGCAAAUGGGCCGUGAUUCCAGGCGAUGGGACAUCAAAGGCAAAUUUCAUCACUACUCAAGAUACAGCGAAGUUUGUGGCCCGUUUGAUGGAUCUGUCCAAGUGGCCUAAACUGAGCUCUAUCGUUGGGGAGGCUCUCACGUUCGUAGAACUUGUCGAGAUAGCAGAGAAAGUUCGAGGGGAGAAAUUUCGCGUCAUUUUUGACAGCUUGGAACACCUUGCCGGAGGAAAGAUCUCGUUCCCAGAAUUUCCGGAACCGGACUAUGGGUUAUCCCAGGAUGAAUUUGAGGCAGCAGUUGCGGGGAUUCAUUACCUGGCUGCGUCUAAUGCGGCACUGGUCCCGACGGAAGAUCCUUUGAAUAAUUACUUUCCAGAUAUUAAGUUGACCACUGCGCAAGAGGUUAUUGAAUCCUCAUGGAAGGGACGGUAG